CCGCCUCCCCGCCGUCGCUUUCCGGCCGCGCUCCGGUUUUACGACGGUGUCGCUUGGCGGCAGGAGGUGCUGGGCUGGUCGGCGAGCAGCCAGCAUGAGGCAGAAGAGGAAAGGAGACCUCAGCCAUGCUGAGCUGAUGAUGAUGACGAUAGCUGACAUCAUAAAGCAAUUGAUUGAAGCACACGAGCAGGGAAAAGAUGUGAAUCUGAACAAACUGAAAACCAAGACAUCAGCAAAGUAUGGGCUCUCAGCGCAGCCACGUCUGGUUGACAUCAUCGCUGCUGUUCCUCCGCAGUACCGCAAGGCGCUGGUACCGAAGCUGAAGGCCAAGCCAAUAAGAACUGCCAGUGGGAUCGCUGUUGUGGCCGUGAUGUGUAAACCACACAGGUGUCCACACAUUAACUUCACAGGCAACAUAUGUGUAUACUGCCCAGGUGGACCGGAUUCUGAUUUUGAAUAUUCCACGCAGUCCUACACUGGAUAUGAGCCGACCUCCAUGAGGGCCAUCCGGGCCAGGUAUGACCCCUAUCUCCAGACAAGGCACAGAGUAGAACAGCUGAAGCAGUUGGGCCACAGCGUGGAUAAAGUAGAGUUCAUUGUGAUGGGUGGGACGUUCAUGGCCCUGCCUGAAGAGUACAGGGAUUACUUCAUCAGAAACCUGCAUGAUGCCUUGUCGGGUCACACUUCUAACAAUGUAGCGGAGGCCGUCAGAUAUUCAGAACGAAGCCUGACAAAAUGCAUCGGGAUAACAAUAGAGACCAGACCGGAUUACUGCCUGAAACGGCAUUUAAGUGACAUGUUAUCCUACGGCUGUACGAGGCUGGAGAUUGGAGUGCAGAGCGUGUAUGAGGACGUGGCCAGGGACACCAACAGGGGUCACACCGUGAAGGCAGUAUGUGAGUCCUUCCACUUAGCCAAGGAUGCUGGAUUUAAAGUGGUGGCACACAUGAUGCCAGAUCUACCAAACGUGGGUCUCGAAAGGGACAUGGACCAGUUUGUUGAGUUCUUUGAGAAUCCUGCUUUUCGCCCAGACGGCAUGAAGCUCUAUCCAACACUAGUGAUCCGUGGCACUGGUCUGUAUGAGCUCUGGAAGACUGGAAGAUACAAGAGCUACCCCCCCAGUACUCUGGUGGAUCUGGUAGCCAGAAUCCUGGCCCUUGUCCCACCAUGGACACGUGUGUACCGUGUUCAGAGAGAUAUCCCAAUGCCACUGGUCAGCUCGGGAGUGGAGCAUGGGAACCUGAGAGAGCUUGCCUUGGCCAGGAUGAAAGACCUUGGGACACAGUGUCGUGAUGUAAGGACAAGAGAGGUUGGAAUUCAAGAAAUUCACCACAAAGUGAGACCAUAUCAGAUUGAAUUAGUCAGAAGAGAUUACGUGGCUAACGGCGGCUGGGAGACCUUCCUGUCUUAUGAAGAUCCAGAGCAAGAUAUUCUUGUUGGACUUCUGCGACUGCGGAAGUGUUCAGAGGAGUCCUUCAGAACGGAGCUGAAAGGAGGCAUUUCCAUUGUCCGGGAACUGCACGUGUAUGGGAGCGUGGUCCCCGUGAGCAGUCGGGAUCCUUCAAAGUUUCAGCACCAGGGAUUCGGAAUGUUAUUAAUGGAGGAGGCAGAAAGAAUAGCCAAGGAGGAGCAUGGGUCAUGGAAAAUUGCUGUAAUUUCAGGUGUCGGCACAAGAAACUACUACAGGAAGAUCGGCUAUGAGCUGGAAGGGCCUUACAUGGUGAAAAGGCUGGACUGAUGCCCCAGGAGGUCCUCAUCCCACCCAGACUGAUCAUGGGAAGCAAGCUCAAGGUGAUGAACAUAAGCGAAAAACUAAAGCCUGCCAACCGCAAAGGACUUGCUUAUGCCAGAGCCCCCAGCAGCACGUGGGGCAUCUCCUCUGGGGAGAGGAGCUCUCCUGACAUCUGCCCGACCAGGAGAGGUGCAGUGAGGCUGCCACAUCUCCAGGACACGCUCUGAUCAUUGGGAUAGAGGACUGACAUGUAGUUGAACUGAAAACACCCAUGGUUUCUAUGGCUGUCAGCUGGCUUUUAAUCUUACAGCGUUGACAUUGUGUGGGUUAUUCUGCAAAUUGAAUUAAUUCUUUCCCUGUGCAUUUUUAUUUAUGCUGGGCUUGGCUGCUCUCUGUCCAUCCCAAGUGAUGCCCUUUGAUCCUUUUACCAUAGGAGGCCAUGAGGAAUGGAAGCCGUUCCUUGCUAGCAGUAGGAAUUGCAACUGAAACUUAAACAAUCUCUGCGGGAACACACAAGGAUCCUCCAAGGUCUCCAGUCCAACCUCAUUCUAAGCAGGUCCAAUUAGAUAUCUCCAGGACUGGAGAUAGUCAAUGGAUGUGGAUGGAGAGCCUGCAGCAUCUGUGUUCCUAUUCCAGUAUUCAACCAACCAUACGUUGAAAAAGUUUUUCAUAGAAUCAGAAUGGUUUUGGCUGGAAGGGACCUUAAAGCCCAUCCAGUUCAAACCCCCUGCCAUGAGCAAGGACAUCUGCCACUGGAUCAGGUUGCUCCGAGCCCCAUCCAAGCUGUCCUUGAACACCUUCAGGAAUGGAGCAACAUGUCAGGUAUUUUUCCAGGUAUCUGAUUGGAGUUUAGGAUGUUUCCUCUGUGCCUGUGGCUGUGCAUCUCUGUGAGAAGGCUGUUCCUGGUCCCCAAGCUUCUCCUUGCCCAUCCCAUUCUCCAAUGCCAUGACCAUCCUGCUGGCUUCCACUUCAGUUUAUCAGUCUGUGUUUCCAGCUUCCACUCCACCACCUCUCCAGCCCAUAGACCAUGGAUUUGGGCACAAGGAUGCCAUGUGGCAGUAGCAGCAGUGUCAGAGGCCUUGGCAAGGUCACAGCAUCCAAUAUCCACCACUCUCCCUUAUCCACACUGCUACCAUCUCAGCACAGCAGGCAGUCAGGUUGCUCAGGAUCUGCCUAUGCAGGAUCCCACCUGGCUCUUCCCAGCUCUCUUCCCUUCUCCAUCGUGGAGCUGGAAAGGGCUUGGGGGGGGUUGAUCCCUCACAAAGGUGAGGCUGAGUGCCCUGUGGCUCAUCAGAUCCUCCUCCUGGUCCUCCUUGGAGGUGGGUGUGAUGGUUGCCUUUUCCAGGCAUCAGGAAUUCUAUCAGGCAUGAUAGAAUCCAAGAUAUGGCAAACAGAGCAAGACGGGAUGCGAGAGCGAGCUGUGACCCUGACUGAAGAGCUUAGCACCUUCCUCGUCUCUCCCAGUACCUCGGUGGGGUGGGGAUGGCCCAGGGCAGUGUUCUUUGGGGUCAGAGAUUUGGGGUUUCAAAAGCAGUGCAGCUGCUGCUGCCCGCUCAGCAGAGCAAAACCAGGAGGGAGCUCUGACCUUCUCUGCUGCUUUUUCAGAGUAUUCCAAUCAAAAAUAGGGUGUAAAUCCAGAGCGGAGAAGUUGACAUUUGGGGUGUUACUGUGAUAAAUGACCUUGUCAGGAGCUUUCGCCAGUAGCGAGUGUUCGGACACACAUGAUUAACUCGGAGGAGGAGCGGCUCCGGGUGCAAAGCUCUUGCGGUGGCACUGCCACGCAGGAAAUGCGAUUUUGCCAGCGUGAUCUACUGCUGCUCCCCAACUGCAACUGGCGGGGCCAGCGGCCAGAACCGCGCUGGACGCUGCUGACGCAUGAGCGGCAAUGGCAGCGCAGAAAAAGCAGAUCCUUGCUGAAGGGAGACUACCUGGCAAUAAAGUCUUUGUUACUGAAUAUAAACUCUGAUGUCCUCUGUUUUAAGGGCUGGGGGUUGAAAAAAAAUACAGCCCAAGGUGUCGGUUCCUGCACCCGGUCCUGUUCGAGCCUCCUGCCCUGUGCCAAAAGGUUGAAUUAAAUAAGGGAGACAGAAGCUGCUGCUUCUGGAUUUCAUAGAGUGAUAGAAUCAUGGAGUGGUUUGAGUUGGAAAGGACCUUAAAGCCCAUCCAGUUCCAACCCCCUGCCAUGGGCAGGGACACCUCCCACUGGAUCAGGUUGAUCAAAGCCCCAUCCAGCCUGGCCUUGAACUUCUCCAGGGAUGGGGCAGCCACCACUUCUCUGGGCAACCUGGGCCAGGGCCUCACCACCCUCAUAGGGAAACAUUUCUCCCUAAGACCUCAUCUCAGUCUUUGCUCUUCCAGCUUCACAACCAUUCCCCCUCACCCUGUCCCUGCACUCACUGAUCAAGAGCCCCUCCCCAGCUUUCCUGGAGCCCCUUUCAGUACUGGGAGGCUGCUCUAAGGUCUCCCCACAGCCUUCUCCAGGCUGAACAACCCCAAGUGUCUCAGCCCAUCAUCAUAGCAGAGGUGCUCCAGCUCUUGGAUCAUCUCUGUGGCCUCCACUGGACUCACUCCAACAGCUCCAUGUUCUUCCUGUGCUGAAACUCCAUUUGUUGGAAUGGGGUUUUUUUCAUCCUCUGGGACACUGUUAAAUGGGCCUCGUUAAGCUUCUGACACCGUAAAGCAGAGGAGAUGGAAAAGGGAUGAGCGGGGAUGCAAUUUCUGUCCAAAAUCCUUAAAAUUUUACACAAAAUGUAUUGUUCCGGUGCCGCUGACACAGUAAUGAAUCAUUCUGACGCUUUCAGCUCCGACACCCGCUUGUUUUCAGGUACCGGCCAGAAAAGCUCACCAAUUCCCUGCGUCUGAAAGCGUGACCCUCCGGCAACUCUAGGAAAUGUUGGAUCCAUUGUUUGUUUUUAUUAAGGUCAAUGACUUUUGAGUUUACGAACAGCUUUAUCAAGAAAUAAAGCAAUUUUUUGUUGCGAGUCUUAUA